AUGAUGGUGCGCUGGGACCCGUCCAGAGUGAUAGAUCUGGAGUGUGAUUUGCCGGAUCUGCCUCCAGCAUCCAGUGCCGCCGAUGCGCAAGAAGAGGAAGCAGACGUUGGCGGGAGAACGUGCCUCAGCACCUGGAAGCAUCCACUGGGGCGCUGCUCAAGUCCUAUCGACCUGACGGAAGGCUCCUCCUCUUCAAAGCCCGUCCAGGCAGCUCCGGGCCCGAGAGGCCAGGCCGGCCAGGCUCAUCGGCAGCUUCGAGAAGGGCUGCUGGCUGCAACGAUGCAGCGACUUCGCUUCCGUGCGGUGGUGACGCGUUGCGGCCGUACUCGCGGUCGAAAGGCGUGGCAGAAGGACACCCUGCUGCUGCGAAAUGUUGUGGCCACUUCCAAUGACCUGCCCCAGAAGAUUCACACAGACCACAUUUGGUUGAAGGCCACCAUGCUUGCUGCGGACAAACUACUUCUCACGAGCACAAUCCGCAAGAAUGCGACGGAGCUCAAAGGAAAGGAGCUGGCUCUCCACAAGGGCAACUUCGACGCUGUCGGCACACAGGCAGCUGUGCUGGCCGGCUUCGCCGUUGUCAUGGUAGUCGAGUUCCACAUGCCGGAGACGGCACACUUUGCCCUGCAAGGGAUCUACUAUGUUUUCGCAGUCAUUACGCUGGUUGCCAAUCUGAGAUGUGUCGCGAUGACGACCUGCAUCACCGUGAUGGGCACUGGCCUCGCCCUGCGCGGGCCAGAUGGCUCCAUGGUUCGGGCAGUGGAAGGCAUGUACAACCAGAGAGCCAUCGUCUUUAGGUCAUUUGGCACUGGUAUCGUGGCUUGCUGCUGUAGUGUGGCAGUGAUUGCCUGGAUCAAGAUGGAUGUCAUUCCGGCCUGCAUAUGUACGGGCGCGAUCGCCUGGACCCUUUUUUCCAUCGCGAGAUACACUAGAUUUUACUUGGACUUCUUCAAGUUCAACGAGGACGAGGUUGUCAGCCUAGAUGACAUCCUUGGCGCGGACCUUGUGAACAAGGAGAACAUCGUAAAGCAGCUCGGGAUCGGCAGCGACACGCUGGUGCGCCUUCUUGGGGCGAUUACACAGAACCGACGCGGAGUCACUGCUGACUGUGGGUGUGUCCUCAUGAACCAAGUGGGCAAGCAACUGCAACGCCUGGCGCCGAAGCCCGGGCAGCUCGUGGAGUUCGACGCGCGCGUGAGGUGGUACAGGAAGCUUGGCGGUUGGGACCUUCGCCUUUCCCACCACACGAGAUUUGAGAAAGCUGGGAUGGCUGUCCGAAGAGGCUGA